UGUGCAGUCAGGUCCUAACUAAAAGGGCUGCCAGCGUGACCUGUAGUUGUAAAUAGUAAAGGUGUAUGGUAAGAAAUUGUAACUUUGAGGCGUAUUAAUUUUAUUAGGUAAAGCUGGCUCUAUCCUUUUGCGUCUGGAAAUUUUGCAGGUCUUUGUCGUUGGUGGAGUUUGUGGUUUCUGUUUAAAUUCCGCAAGUAGCAUUGGUCCAAAUUGAUCUGGACAAAAAUGAAGAGCUGCCAUGUGUUCUAUCUUAUCUACAUCUUGUCUCUCCUCUUGGGUCUAAUUUGUAUGAUAAUUGUGACGACUUGGAGUAAGGUCUACAGGGGAGGCUUUGCCUGGGAUGGCUCGGCGAAGAUGUUUAAUUGGCAUCCUGUCUGCAUGGUGACUGGGCUUGUUGUCCUUUAUGGCAAUGCCAUUCUUGUAUACAGAUUGCCCUUCACCCAGUCGAGGAGCAAGUUGCUUGUAAAGUUAGUUCAUGCUACAUUGAACCUUGGUGCAUUUUCUCUUGCCAUUAUUGGGAUGGUGGCAGCAUUUGGGUUCCACAAUAAGAUGCACAUCCCCAACUUGUAUUCCAUACACAGCUGGGUGGGAUUUGCAGCCAUUAUUCUUUUUGGCUUUCAGUGGCUGCUGGGAUUCCUGGCCUUCUUACUGCCCUGCACACCCCUCUGGAUUCGAGCUGCUUACAAAGAUCUGCAUGCCUUCUUUGGACUCUGCAUCUUAGUAAUGGCCAUUGCUGCUUCUCUGUCUGGAAUUAAUGAAAAGUUAAUAUUUGUGCUUAAUGCUCCAAAUUCAACUAGUCCCUACAAGAAUCUGCCACCUGAAGCAUGUCUGACCAACGUUUUGGGAGUGAUUCUGUUGUGUUUCUCAAUGACUGUUGCCUGGAUGCUCCUUAAGCGUGAUUGGCAGCGUCCAAAUGCACAUGAAUCUGUACUUGGUGAUGCCACAGAGCCACUUCUGACUGAAGACUAAAUGAUGAAUAGCUGAAGCUUUUCGGAUGCAGUUGGAGGAGCAGUUGAGAUUUGUAAAGUGUUGCUGUUAUGCUGUAUGGAAUUAUGACUCCUCAAUUAUGGUCUUUCCCUAGAGCAAUGAUUUGAAGAAACUUUAGUAUUACAGUUUGAAGUCUAAAAGUAGACUGGAUCUAAAUUUGAAUAAGAGGGUGGAAUAGACCUUCUCCUGUAUCUGCUUUACAUUUCAGAUUUUAGCUAGUCUGUUUCAAGGACAGACUGUAAGUAGACAACUUAAAUUAAAUGUUGUAUAAUACUAUUUUCAUUUGAAGCCAGAAACUCAAUUAACAUGAUUAAUGCACUUAGGAAACUGUUGACCCAUUUUUAAUAUUGGAGGAAGAGGGAGAAAGAGUUAUAGGCUUAAAAUGUUGACCAGUUGUCAUUUGAAACCUUUCUGUUGUUUUCCAAAUUUGAGUGUUUUGUUUUUACUUUUGUGGAACACUCACAUGCACUUACUUCAGAGUAACCCCUCUUAAGGAAAAGAACUGAUCAUGUAGAAUCUAACUUGUGGAAAAGAACUGCAUUUUGUCACAUGCUAAGACACAUGUAACCUUUUGGCUUUUUAAAUCUUUGCACCACAAAGCUGAGAAUUUUACUUUCAUGUUCAGACAAGGCUUGAAUCCAGCUUCACUUGUUGGAGGCUUCUCAUGAUGCUUAGUCUUUGGAUUUGAAAUUUGAGGAAUCUCAUAUGUCCAAAACUGGCGCAUGAUUACAGUUCAAAAAGUUUUGCACAAGGUGGGUACUUGAGACUUAAUGAUGAAUGACAUUCUGCCAGAAUUUAAGUUUUUAUUCCUUCCAGCAAAAGCUUUAUUGUAUAUUUGCACUUUUACAGAUUUAUUUUCUUGUCUGUUGCUCACUGGCCUGUUCCAUUUUUUUUUAAAUGUACUCUUUCACAAAAAGAUUCUACACUUUUGAUAAGGAAAUUGAUAAAUUAUUUAUUUGCUGUUUUUUAAAUGUAAUCACUAAGAUUCUGUCAAGAUAUGAAAAAUUUUUAAAUGUAUUUAACACUUGUAGAUACUGUCAACCUUUUAAUAUAUGACUUGGAUUGGGUUGAAAUUUGUUUUGCUCGUCUGAAGUGUAAUUUUUAAGUGGACUAGGACACUACAAUUCAGCUAGUUUUAAAGGGUACCAGUUUCAAGUUUAGAAGUACAAUUGUAUUAUUUUCCCGCCCCCCACCUUGUCUCAGUCAAAUCCCUCGAACUCAGCACCGCCUUCCUAACCUGCAAUCUUCUUCCUGACCUCUCCACCCCCCACCCCACUCCGGCCUAUCACCCUCACCUUGACCUCCUUCCACCUAUCGCAUCUCCAUCGCCCCUUCCCCAAGUCUCUCCUCCCUACCUUUUUUUUUAUUUUAGCCUGCUGGAUACACUUUCCUCAUUCCUGAAGAAGGGCUUAUGCCCGAAAUGUCGAAUCUCCUGUUCCUUGGAUGCUGCCUGACCUGCUGUGCUUUUCCAGCAACACAUUUUCAGCUACUGUUUUGAAUAUUCAGCAUUUCAAAUUGUAAUUUCAUUUUCCAUUCUGGGGAAAGUGAAUCUGUGCAGAUAUUUAAAUUUUGGCUUAAAUGGAAACUGCAGGGCUAAUCCAUAUUGCUAUUGUUUCCUCUGAAGAAAAUUUGGUCUUGCAUCCUGACUCUUCAAGAGCAGGAUUUUUUAGAAAAAAAAAGUUUUAUUACCAGUUAAAUGAUUGAUUUGAUUGAUUGCUGUAUAGUGUGCACACAAUCAAAUCCAACAAUAACUCUUUAUCUAAGCUAUGUGGGUUACAGGAAAACUAUUGACCAGUACAUCAUAAGAAAAUCCCUGGUUUUAAAAAUACUGCUAGGGUGUCUUACAGAUAUGACUUCAGUUAAAUAUGCCUUCUGUCAGACUGCACCUCCUAACAGGUGCAGAAUUGAGGAAAAUGAAAAUCACCAAAAGGAGCAAAACUCAACUCCUCAGCUGCUUCUACAGAGAUUUUAAUUAGUAAUGCUGUCCAGUAAUAGCAUGAACAUCAACUUAAUUGAAGAGGUAAUGAGAAAGUUAAUAGCCUUAAAUGUUUAAAAAAGGACAACUAAAAUGUAGUUUAGAAUUAUAGAACACAUUUGCUGCACACUAAAACUAAUAUGGCAAGAGAACUUUUUUUUUUGCCAUAACAUCAGUGAAUCUGUAUAAAUGACACCAAGUGAUAACAUUCACAGCUAUUCUGUGAAAUUAACUUCACAAUGUUUAAUUCUGACCUCGGAAUAAAACUCUGUCAAACUAAAUUCUUUCCUGAAUUA